AUGGUAACUACUACUAUUCUCUUUAUUANUCGUGGGAAAAGAGAGACAUCAGUGGACGUGUUAACAUAUUAUAUAAACGUGGACACUACCAAAUAUAAGUACUUGAAACCGAGUAGUGAUAAGUUUAUAAGAGAUGUUGUUUUUAGUCUGUUAAUAGCAGGAAGAGACACCACAAGCUCAUCUCUACUCACUUGGUUCUUCUGGCUUCUUUCUAUGCAUCCCCAAGUUAUGGCCAAGAUCAAACAUGAGAUCAACACAAAGUAUGAUCCAGAAGAUCUAGAGAAGCUCGUAUACCUACAUGCUGCCUUGUCCGAAACUAUGAGACUCUACCCACCACUUCCCUUUAAUCACAAGUCACCAUUGGAGUCCGAUUUGCUUCCAAGCGGACACAAAGUUGAAGCGCAUUCAAUGAUUCUAAUUUCUAUGUACGCACUGGGAAGAAUGAGAUCUGUAUGGGGAGAAGACGCAUCAGAUUUCAAACCAGAGAGGUGGAUUUCAGACGAAGGAGUGCUAAGACAUGAACCUUCAUACAAGUUCCUGGUAUUUAAUUCCGGUCCAAGAACUUGCCUGGGUAAGCAUUUGGCUCUCUUGCAAAUGAAGAUGGUAGCUGUGAACAUCAUACAAAACUACGACUUUAAGAUCGUUGAAGGUCAAAUGAUCGAACCAGUUCGCUCUGUUAUUCUCAGUAUGAAGCAUAAAGUCAACAAGGUUGGCGACUUUAAGAUCGUUGAAGGUCAAAUGAUCAACACAAAGUAUGAUCCAGAAGGUCUCAAAGUCACAGUCAGUAAGAAGAUAUGAUUCUUAUCUUCUAUGGUAACUACUACUAUUCUCUUUAUUAAUAAGUGAAGCAGAGCAUCCACAAGUGGUGGUCUUGGGUUUGUCUAAAACAGUUUGGAUUGAGAUAACUCUCCAAUUAAGAUUAUGGUUCGAUUCUACGGUUUUCUCAAUUAAAACGUUGCUUAUGAUGUUGUAAGAGAUCACAAUCUUUAUGGAAUUGAAACUAAUAAUAAAAUCUAGAAGUUGUAAUGUAUUAAGUAAGCAUUUUUGUCUCAAUACCAUUGGAAACUGGGAAGCAACUAGUUCUUAAUCCCGAAAAAA